AUAACAUAUUGUUUACCUUUGCUUUUACAUUUUUGCAGGGACGUGGUUCAAGGCCUUUUACACUUAUACUUCAAUUGUCAACGUGGGUGUGGCCACAUAGCUUUCAACACCUUUGUUACAGACAAUGGCGAGGGGCGUAUAUUGCCUUCGAUGGAUGACAAUGAAGAGAAGGGCUUUAGCUCAAAGGAUGUUGAAGAUGAUGCAAAGGAGUUGACAAGCCUUAUGAAGCGUGUCAUUACCUUCCCAUUCAUUGAUGAUGUCAAGAAGACCGAAGAUGCAGAGCUAGCGGUGAAUUUGUCUUCAGAGUUGGUGCAUUUCUUCAAUUUUACUUGCAAGGACGUGGUUCAAGGCCUUUUACACUUAUACUUCAAUUGUCAACGUGGGUGUGGCCACAUAGCUUUCAACACCUUUGUUACAGGCAAUGGCGAGGGGCGUAUAUUGCCUUCGAUGGAUGACAAUGAAGAGAAGGGCUAUAGCUCAAAGGAUGUUGAAGAUGAUGCAAAGGAGUUGACAAGCCUUAUGAAGCGUGUCAUUACCUUCCCAUUCAUUGAUGAUGUCAAGAAGACCGAAGAUGCAGAGCUAGCGGUGAAUUUGUCUUCAGAGUUGGUGCAUUUCUUCAAUUUUACUUGCAAGGGUGUACCUCCAUACUUUUGGCUAGAUCAUCCCUACUUUUGGCAUGUACCCCACCGUGUCAAUUUUGUAUAUAAGCUCAGUAGGAUAUCAAAGAGGGAUGGUUGGGAAAUUUUUUUUCCUUCAGCUUUUUUAAAAGUAACCGGUGGGUCUUACGAGAAAUGGUGGAAGAGAUUGUCUGGUCCAUAUUAUGAACUUUGGGAAAAAGCGGAGAAAGGUAACAAUGAGGAGAAAGGGCAAGAGCUUAUGAAACAAGCGCCAUCCGGUUUCUAUAAGCUUAAACCUUAUAAGGAAGCAUAUGAUGUGGUUAGGUUUGUUGGGGCAGUUUAUAAGCAUAUAAAUGAUAUGGAAUAUCGGACAAGUAAGGAUGAAGAGUGUCAUGGAAGAAAGUUCAGGGAUUCAUUUGCCGAUAUUGAUAUUGAAGCAGAUUUGGAUCACUUCUUUCCUGAUUAUUACACGGUUAUGUUUGAAACUGUGUGCUGCUCUGUAGACUCCACCAGUGAGGGCUUUUAUCGGAAGGGUCCUGAUUACCUGGAUGCUGCCAUUAACACAUACAUGUUUGCAUACAAUCACCCGGGUUCAUCUGAGGAGUGGAAGAAGGCACAUAAGGCCACCCUUCAACAAUGGACCAGUGAAUCCAAUGCAGCGAGGGAGAAACUUGCCGAAGAGAUAAUGGCACAAGAACCUGGAGAGAGAGCAGAGAAGAAAAAUCAAAGACAGAAAAAAAGACUCUCCAAGAAGGAACAAGCCGCCAUAAAAGGUGACAAGGGAUCACAAGAGAUGGAUGCAAAGAGUUUAGAUAAAAGGGAAGAUACCGAGGUGGAGGAAGUCUUUCAGGGCUCGAAGAAUGAGGAAGACUUAUUCGGGAAGAAGUUUGAAAAUGUUUAUUCCUUCACCCAUUUUGAUGGCAUUAUAGAUUCCUGUGAGAGGGUGGAGAUGCUUGGCAUGGGCAAGGAAAUAGGGAUGUCUUUGGUGAAGCCUACUGGCAAGCAACUUCUUCUGUUUGAGAGCCUCAGGCAGUUAUGUGCAUCACAUAGGAACCUGUUGACCAUCUUCCAUGUAGCACGCGAUGACAGUGCACACAUUGAAGGCCCUCAUUUACUUACAGAACGAGUAAGUACCAUUGAGGAGUACUUUAAGAGAAAGCUCUCUUGUUUGGAAUCGACGGUGCAUACCCCCAUCACAAUCGAAAUAUGGUGGCAGUUCAUUGAACAUGAGUUUCAGUGCAUGUUUAGGGACGUGGUUCAAGGCCUUUUACACUUAUACUUCAAUUGUCAACGUGGGUGUGGCCACAUAGCUUUCAACACCUUUGUUACAGGCAAUGGCGAGGGGCGUAUAUUGCCUUCGAUGGAUGACAAUGAAGAGAAGGGCUAUAGCUCAAAGGAUGUUGAAGAUGAUGCAAAGGAGUUGACAAGCCUUAUGAAGCGUGUCAUUACCUUCCCAUUCAUUGAUGAUGUCAAGAAGACCGAAGAUGCAGAGCUAGCGGUGAAUUUGUCUUCAGAGUUGGUGCAUUUCUUCAAUUUUACUUGCAAGGGUGUACCUCCAUACUUUUGGCUAGAUCAUCCCUACUUUUGGCCUGUAUCCCACCGUGUCAAUUUUGCAUAUAAGCUCAGCAGGAUAUCAAAGAGGGAUGUUUGGAAUUUCUUUUUUGCUACACAGCUUGAAGAUGUAACCUGUGGGUCUUACGAAAAAUGGUGGAAGAGAUUGUCUGGUCCAUAUUAUGAACUUUGGGAAAAAGCGGAGAAAGGUAACAAUGAGGAGAAAGAGCAAGAGCUUAUGAAACAAGUGCCAUCCGGUUUCUAUAAGCUUAAACCUUAUAAGGAAGAAUAUGAUGUGAUUAGGUUUGUUGGGGCGGUUUAUAAGCAUAUAAAUGAUCUGGAAUAUCGGACAAGUAAGGAUGAAGAGUGUCAUGGAAGAAAGUUCAGGGAUUCAUUAGCCGAUACUGAUAUUGAAGCAGAUUUGGCUCGCUUCUUUCCUGAUUAUUACACGGUUAUGUUUGAAACUGUGUGUUGCUGUGUAGACUCCAGAUCUAUUAAUGUUGGUUGCUUGAAGGAGAUUUCUAGUUUCCCUUUUAGCAGUAAUGUAUUCAGGAGGACAUCUCGCGAGCCGCACAUCUUAGGACUCGGGGAGUGCAAAACACAAAUUGAGAAGCAUGAGAACCAGCAAAGCUUUCGUAGUGCAUUUUUUGUUGAAUUGAAGACUGAUCUUUGUCCAUCCUCAACCCAAAUCUUAACCCCUAUAGAUGGAUUGCAUGUAGACACUGAACCAGAUCAACAAUCUGAAUCAAAUUCAAACAAAGGGCACUUUUUGUAGGUUAUUUGACAACCAAGCUCUUUGUGGCGCAUUUUGUCCGUAAAAACACAUGUAUAUUUUCAUAUGAAAAAGUAAUAUGAAGAGCCUUUUUGUUCCUUUUUUUCCAACUUUUUUUUCCCCGAGUUUCUUUUUCUUGCUUCUUCCAAUAAGGAUUGAGAAGAUAU